AUGGGUGACAUUAUAGAUAUCUCAAACAGAUGUGUUAGCCACGUCUUUGACCCCGUUGACGGCCACAUCCACGCCCACGUCCACGCCCUCGUCCAUGCCCUCGUCCAUGUCCACAGCCAAGGUUCUCCUCUGCAAGGAUGUACUCAUGUUGGGAAGGUUCUCUUUGAGUUGACUCAGGGGCCUCAUUAG